AUGGUGUUGAUGGUCGAGUGCCGGCUCAGCCCAGCUAAGUUAGCAAUAGCAUUCUUGGCUUUGUUGUACAUAAAGUUCUGUGCUCUGUUCUUAGUUGCAGGUGAUGACUGCAGUGACCACUGUAAUUUGGCCCAUGGCAGCUGUGAAGAGGAUGGCAAAUGCAGGUGUGAUUCAGGUUGGGAGGGAAAAUAUUGUGAACACUGUGUGAGAAUGCCAGGCUGUGGCCAUGGGACAUGCCACCAGCCCUGGCAAUGCAUUUGCCAAAGUGGCUGGGCUGGCAAGCUCUGUGACAAAGAUGUCCACAUCUGUGAGCAUCAGUCACCAUGCAAAAAUGGAGCCGAGUGUGUUUAUGAUCGUGAUGGAGAAUAUUCCUGUCUGUGCCUUGAAGGAUUCCAUGGAAAGGACUGUGAGCUGAAGACGGGGCCAUGUGAGAAAGCAGGAUUUCCUUGCAAAAAUGGUGCAUUGUGCCACGAUAAUAAUGGCUUUGCUUCCAAUUACACCUGCAAGUGCCUGGCCGGAUUCAUUGGUGCACAUUGCGAGAUUGACUUAGAUGACUGCCUCAUGCGUCCCUGUGCCAACGGCGCCACCUGCCUUGAUGGCAUUAAUCGCUUCUCCUGUCAGUGCCAGGUUGGCUUUGAAGGACGUUUCUGCACCAUUAACAUUGAUGAUUGUGCCAGCCAUCCAUGCAGAAAUGGGGCUAAGUGUUAUGAUCGUAUCAACGAUUUUGAUUGCUUGUGUCCUGAGGGCUUUGCUGGGAAAAUGUGUGAGCUCCGAACUCCAGAGGCAACAUGGGUCACUGUGUCUCAGCCUGAUCCCAAAGAGCUUGACAGUGCUAUGAGAAGCACAACCAGCAGUGACCCUUGGAUGACCCAGUCUGAGCCAGCCAAGGUUGUAGUUACUGGGAAGCGGAUCACUAACUACAGCGAGAAAUCAAAUGGGGGUGGGCUGUUAAUCUCUGUGAAAGAGGUGGUAACUCAGCAAGACUCAGGACUGAGUCAGUCACAGCUCAUUUUAGUGCUUGUAUUUGGGCUGAUCACUGUCAUGUUGGUCUUAGUGACCGGGUUGCUGCUGCUGAAGAAUUGGCAGAAGGGGCGCCGGAGAUGCCACAGCCCCUCCCGGACCGAAAGGAAGCUUCAAGACCAAGAAUGUCAAGUGGGAAUGUUAAGUACAAUCUUGAUAGAACCCAGGAAAACUACGGAGCUGUAAGGAGCCAGAGUCAGAGCCUGGUUGAUCUAGAAACACCCACCGGUGAUUCAAACAAUCCUUCAAGCCAUGCCUAGGGGCAGUUCUGGCUGCUUAUCUCCAAAGCAUUGAGGGCUCUGAUGGAACUGAAGGCUGUGAAUUGGCAUGAAGGAAGAUGUCCACAAGGCAGUAAAUCCUGCUCUGAAAAAAGAAUCCUUGAAUGUGGGCAGUACAUCCACUGGCACGUUGACUUCAACUCAUCAAGGCAGCCAAGGAAAUACUGGGUUAGGAUAACCCCCUUUUGAAAACAGCAAGCAGAUCAGAGGGUUGUUAUCUGACAUGCAUUCUACAUGCUAGAAUGACGCCAAGGGUGCCAGGACAGAUUGUAGGAGCUGAAACUUUCUUAGGCCUUUAUGCACCUGAUAACUCUUGGGUAGAGCUUUUGGAGGUUUCAUAUGGCCUACUUACUACCAGGAGUUUAGAAACUGCUGUGGAUAUGCCCUGCCUCUAAAAUUCUGGUGCAAACAAUACGGAAUUUUUCUGCCAGAGGCCUUUAUGUGUUUCCAACAUUAUCUUACCAAGGGCCUCAUAAUGCCAUGAGACAGUUUGCUGACCUUUAUUACUAGUUGUCUCUUCUCUUCUGUCCCAUUUCCUUUUUUUGUUUGUUUAGUUGCAAAUGAAAGACAGAUCCUGUACCAAACCAUCUCAGGAGGUUUGUUAAUACCUUAAUUUUAUAUCAUGCUCAUUCACCAAUCCAGCCACACAUUUCCACAGCCAUGGUGUCAAACAGGAGCAAAAACAGAAACCAGUAUCCAUUCUUUGCCUUGGAUAACUGGUUUGAGCCUUCCCUCUUGCCAGAAAGAAAAUAGAUAUCGGUGAAAUUGGAAAUGGAGAUCUGGCUUCUUUGGUGCUAGUUCCAAUUCCAAGGGGCAAGUUCUUGAGAGAGAGAACUUAGGAGUGACAUCAAAACAAGUACAUUAGCACUGGAGGAUUCCACAUAGUAUUUAUCUGGGAGAGGGGAAGAGACACUCGUAUAGAUUUGGAGAGCAGACUGCCUCCAGAUCCAUGUUGGAUUUUAUGAAAAAAAAGGUGGUAGAACUGUGCUGAAAUUUUGAAGCAAAAGUUUUAGGGCUGCAGAUACAAAAUCCACUGUUCAGAACUAUUGUCUUUGUGCCGAGUUUUGCCUCUGUUUUCAGCAACUGGUGUUCUUCUCCCAUCUGCUCCUUUUCUAAGGGAAUAUUGGAAGUUGUCUUACAGCAAGUCAGUUCACUGGUCUAUUUAGCUCAGGAGCUGCCACACUGACUAGCCAUACUUCUCCAGGAUUUUAGAUAGGAGGGUAUCCAAUCCUUGCCUGGCAGUGGCAGGAUUUAAGAAGUAUACGAUCUAUUACUUUACCUUCUCUACAUGAUCAUGAAGGUGAUGAUGCAGUUAAAUAGAUAUGGUUGCCUAAUGCUCCUUGUGUUAACUGAUAAAAUCUGCUCCAUUCAGUAGUACUUUCUCUAUUGAAACAGCAUUCCCUCAAGAGAGAUGCUGGGCGAGCAGAAUGUUCUUUUUGGCCUUGACUGCUCAACUCCCCUCAUCUCACACCAGAAAUAUGUUAACACUUCAGGCCCAUGGCUAAGUUCAUUUCCUGAUUUUUGGUUACAUGCCUGGAAAUAACUAAAUUAAGCAAAAA